UGGAGAAGAACGGGCCGUGAGAACCGAAUGCGCCUGCGUGCUGAACAUAUGGCUUGGCUAUUCAUUUUUGCCAGCAGUUUGAAGUAGGACUCGAAUGUGUAUAGAUGCGUGAUGAAGUGUGGUUUGGGAAGUUGACAGAAAGCUGGAGUUUUGCAAAGUUUUACAGUCGAACAUGUACUAGUGAAUGAUAUUUAGCCCAAUUGUAUUUUAAUUUGCUUUCAGUACACCUGGAAGUUUAUUUUUCCUUAACUACAGGCUUCAGUUCAAUCGUUUUAGUGUUUCACGAAGGUUAUGACGGGCAGCCAUUUUUCUUCACAAAGGAGAUUGUGAGGUUACGAAUUAGUGGGACGCACACUGCGUGUUUGUGCUGCUUUAGUUCAAUUUGUUUCUUUUGUAAAGACGUUUUGAUCGAUUUUAGAGGUUAGAGUGAGUGACCUGUGAUUUUGUGGUUCAGGAUUUAUUACCAGAACGAAGCAUCAGCCUGGCAAGGACGUUCUGAACUAACAGUGUUGAAUCAUAGAAGAACAUUUUGGGCCCGCCAUAUUUGAAGAAAUUUGCUUACCGUGCGCCCAGUUCCUGUUCAGAGGCGCCGAGUUUUAUCUUCAGUCCAGUUUGACGUACAAACGUGGGGAUGGUGUACCGAGUGGGGGACUGGGGCAUGGGCGAUUCUGAACUUCAGCGUCACCCCAAUCAUUAUGGCAGCGUACCACAUCAGUUUCUGUGCCAGCACCCAGAAACUUACGACGAAAAUGAAAUUUCGUUGAUACCACUCGGCAAUCAGGUCGGAGGGCACACGAGGCUUCUGAUGCUGAACGAGAGGACCAUCUGCAAGCCGCUUAAUCCGCGAGAACUCGAUUUCUACCAAAACAUUCCACAAGACAUCCAGACGUUUGUUCCACAGUACAAAGGUGUCAUGCAAGCAAGCAACAGUGGAGGAGUUAAAUUAAACAGCCGCUUCAGUCCGAGUUUCCGAGAUGACCCCAGCCGAGGCAAGCUGGCGGCAUCUAAGAGAAAAAGAGAUAAUGUGUUACGAAUGAAGGUUCAUCGGAAGGGCAGCGCUCGGGACGUCCUUGAGUGCGUCAGGCACAUUGACAGCGCCAGUUCUAACAAGCAAUACUUCUUGAUGCUAGAGAACAUCACGUCUCGCUACACUCAGCCGUGCAUUCUUGACCUGAAGAUGGGAACGAGGCAACACGGCGACGAUGCUUCAGCCGAGAAGAGGAGCAAGCAGAUAGCUAAAUGUGCUGCUAGUACAUCAGCCUCUCUGGGAGUUAGGCUGUGUGGCAUGCAGGUGUACCAGGCUAACACAGAUCAUUAUCUGAAGCGUGAUAAAUACUGGGGACGUGAGCUUAACGAAGAGGGCUUCAAGGGAGCGUUGUAUCACUUUUUCCACAAUGGAUUACAGUUACGUAGUCAGGUUGUUCGCACAGUAAUAUCACGUCUCGAAGAACUCCGGAGGGCUAUUGAGCGUCAAAGUAGCUACCGGUUUUAUUCUUGUUCACUCCUUAUUGUGUACGAGGGCUAUGAAUGGGAUACAGAUGACUUUCCCGCGUCUCAGCACUGCGGAACGUCGCCCUCAUCUCUCGACAACUGCUUCUGUCACCAGGACUUGAACAGUUUAACAGAGGAGGUUGAUGACUUUAGUAUCUGUGACGAAGGAACCAGAGAGUGCUCUCGUGGAAGCCUGGGUUUCGCUUACUAUGAUGGUGAUGCUAGCAAUUCCUCAGACUUUCCCGCUCUGUCAUCAUCCCAAGAAGAGGUGAACCAGGCAUCCCAUCAGCGUGGGUUCGGUGAAGCGGCAGCGAGAGGGGCGAAGGCUGCAUCAAGAUUUUACCCGAUCUCUGAGGAGACGGUUUUCAUGGAUCCAUCAUCAUCAUCGCGUGUCGCAGACCCUGUUGAAAGCUGGAUGUUGUACAGUAGUGACUGUUCAUUGCUGCAGCUUACUGAGAGUUCCGAAGAAGCUUCUUCCGACUUCUAUAAUACGACAGUAAAGAGAUUUCGUCAGCAUUCUCAGUGCGAUGAAGAUGGGGAAGACGACGAUGAUGAUGAUGAUGACGACGACGACAACGAUGUUGAUGACGAUGGACAACCAGAGUUUUCGUCAUCCAGUAAACGAGUGAAGAAAAGCGCAGUAGAUUUACGGGCCAAGAACAAGGCUGCCGUACAUACCGCAGCGAUACAUAGAACGAGACAGCGAGACUUGCCAAGGAGCUCCGGCUCCACGCAAGUUGACAUCCGCAUGAUCGAUUUUGCGAACGUUACAUUCAGCAAUAGAGCUGGUGGCAGCAGUGCAAGCAAUGUUACUGUCCAUCACGGUCCAGACUGCGGAUUUCUCACUGGGCUGGAUAGCUUAAAGCGUCUUCUAACAGAAAUCUUAUCAGAUGGUUAGAAUUUAUAUUUACAAAAAUAUGUUAUUCCUAUUUAAAUUGAUUGAAAUGAACUGAAAAUUGCAUUUUUAUUUGACUUCUGUAUACUGCUUUGUUCUGUCACAUGGUGAUGUCAUCAGGACAUUUUAUUGUCAUAGACAGUGUUUUUGGUUACUGAACUUUCCAGUCUUCUGAGACAUGAGAAGCUGUAAAACAGCUUUUGUUCGUGUUGAGAGUGUUGGACUUUUCAAGUUGAGUUUCCUAAUUAAAACUGCAGGUCUGGAGCAGGUUGGAGAGGGAAGGUGGGGCAGCUUGUCUUGAGGAGAUUUAUCACUGCACAGCUUCAGAGAUUCGAACUGAGAUCUCGUUCGUAUAUAAUUUAAUAGUGAUGAGUGAUGCAAACAUUUGAGGAGUUAAUGUUUACAUUUCUGAGAAAUAUUGAUCACCUGCAGGCGCGGUGUUGCAUUUUCUCUCCUUUGUCUGCCUUGCCCAAGUUCACACGGAUGAUAUGCAUUCUGGUGCUAUGUAACAUCACAGGUUUUCAACAUUUAUAUUUAUAUCAUGGAGAUCGGUUAAGAAAAAAUCGUUUUUAUGGAAUAACAGUGUUUGAACGUACGUGAGUACACUUUUUAAAAAUAUACAUUAGUUUUAUAUGCCUGAAGAACGUUAUACUGUAACAGAAAUGGGCACAAUAUAUCAGAAUAUUUUGCAGAUCACUGCAUGAUUCAUAAAAAGAAAUAAAGACAGUUUAGGAAUUUUUGGCAAGGAAGCUAGCAAAUGUAAGCUUUUUGCAACAGUUAGUUGAAUAAUGGGUUUUUAUUCUGUGGGUACAGCGGCAGAGGUAUGAUGUAAUUGUUAUGUCUUUCAAGUCAAAGUAUAAUGGAACGGGACACUCCUGUAUUCUUGCGAGAACGAAACACGAGUUCUGUAGUUGUGAGAUAUGUGGACCAUACACAUAAAUAUUGUUCUGUGUAAAAACUGAGCCUACCUAUCCCUCGUACACAUCCAGAAUAAUUUUAUAUCAGUUCACACGAGGGAUAGUUUCAGGUGUGGUACAUUGUUUUUCCUCGUCAGCGAAAUCACAUGACUGGAUUCAGUUAAUGAUUGUAAUUAACAAUAUAUGCAGGGUGUUCUGCUGCCAUAUCAUAAGUGUGAAUUUUUAAUAUAACCCUCCGGUGUACGUGUAAAUCUGCUCAUCGUCAAGAGUUUGUGAAGGUUGUGCUUGUACCAGCCCAUAUUAUAAACAAAUUCGCGAGAGUUAAUUUUUAACAGCUGUACUCUCUCUCUCUCUCUGUGUGUGCACUGUUCUGUUGCCUUCUGGUCUGUAUGAGCGAGCCCAAAGUGCUUGUUGCUAGCGAAGGUUAUGUCACUACCAACAUUCCCAUGACAGAAUAGCUAGUUGCAGACUGCAGCGGAUAACUGUAACUGUGUGAGGGCAGUGUGGAGAGAGUCGGCAUAUGUGAUUUCUUUCCUCGGCAUCAGUAUAACGAAGUUCAUAAGCUGUUACCGUGUUCGUAUUGCAUGGCAUCACAUAAAUAUGUUGGAAAACUGCCCGCAUUUAAUGUAGGUAGUUUUCAAACAUAUUUCUUGCAAAAAAUAAUUUUUUUUAAUGUUAUUUAUUUUCUUGAAACGUUUUGACCUCUUGGCCAUUUUUACUGCCUGCUUUCGUAAGUUUUGUCAAAGUGAAUCCAUUCGUGAAGAGUGCAAUAACAAAAUAAACAUAUUUGUUCAUGUUAAUGUGAAGGUUACAUAUAUAUUUAAUACACAUCUUGAUGACGUUAGUCAGAUUUUUCCUUCAAACGAAAUAUAUUCAGAAAGACAUAUUUUCUUCAUUCCAGGUAAUUUGGGGGUGUAGGAUUUUUAAACCCCUCGUACCUCUGACUUUUACAUAAUUUAGUGUUCUCCAAAUAUGAUUCACAUUUCAGAAUGAUGAAGUGGGCUUUAUAAAGUUGAACUUCUAUAAAAUGUAUUUUCAUAACGUUUUCACACCUUUACAUCAUAAAAUACAGUGAAAUUAUUUACUAUAAUUACUGCCCAUGAUAAGUUGUUUACUAUAAGCAUUAAUUAAUAUUAAGUAAAUAAAAGUUAUUUUGUAAAAACAAGCUGAUUUAACAUAUUUUGGUGUAGCAAAUUCUUACAUGCUCAGUUCUUUCUUUGUUUCUUCUUUUGUUUUGUCGUCGUUCCUGCGUGUAGCGUCAUUAGUUCAUGUUUCCAUUACCUUUUGUUGGCGUAGCUUUCACUCUAUGUCCCAUUCUCCAAAGUCAGAAGAAAGUUUAAUUCGUAACAGUUUCUGCAUUUUGUGUUUAGAGUUUCUGGUUUUCAAGGUCACAGCUUCCAUGAACGUGAAACAAAGAAAUGAGCGAUAAACGUAGCCAUUACAAAAAUGUGGAUUAUAUAUUGCACGCUGUAUUCAGUAGUAAAGUUGGAUGCAACUCACUUUUCAGCUUUGGCAUGAACUGCUAUAAAAUUGGUAAGCUGAUUUUUAUAAUUUUUAUGGAGCGAUACUUGACUUGAAUCAGGAAAACCUUGUAGCGCUUGGUGGUGAGUAAUGUAAUUCCAGCCAGGAAGUGACAGUUUCAUUCAACUUUAACAGUGAAUGCAGAGUACAUCUCUUAGAGAAUCAACUUGUUUAUUUCGUGAUGCCAACAACAGAUGCUAGCAACUCGUAUUAGUUUGUACAAUUUUAAGACUAUGUCAGACUUCCGAGCAGUUCAUGUGAACGAACUACCUUGUUUCGUAGCAUUACUGCGUGUGAAAACAUGUUACAUACUAAACAAAAUAUUUUAGUGGAAAAGUAGUGAGAGUUUUUAUGUUCAAUGUAAAGCACUUAUUUAUUCUUAACCCAUUUGCUGCUGAAUAUUUCUUCUGUGUAAAACUUAUACCAACACGCGUCUCCUAAAAAGGUGUAUUCAAUUCUUACAAAUUUAUGAUAGAGAGACAGCAGAUGGAGAAAAUUUAUGAAGAAAGUGAUGUCUAUGUAAAUUUGCUUUACCUUUGUCCAUCCAUGUAGAGUUUACAAAAUCAACAUUUAUUUUCUCCUUUGCCAAAUUUAAUGUGUUGUCGUAUAUUGGUGUUUGACAAUAUAUGGACCUAAGAGAGGUGAAGUAACAGGAAGAUGGAGAAAGUUACUUCACCGUAGUUUUCGUAUUGACAAAGCGGUCAGAUCGAAGCACCUGGGAUAAGUGGGACGUCAUACGCACGGCAAAAUAAGAAAUGCAUACAUGAUUUUAAUUGUAAAAACUGAAGUGAAUGUUGUGGUUAUGGUUAUAAACUUGAGAAUUGGCCAAGUAACUUAUUAUUUGAUCUCUACAAAUAUAACUUUUGUUAAUGUUUACGCACUGAAUAUAGAAGUUACAAGUUUACAGUUACAGUAUUAACCCUUUGAUGAGUGUACAAUUACAUAUAUGUGUAAAUGAGUGGGCUGAGUAGGUGAUUCAAGUAGUGCGUGUGCACGUGCGUUGAUGUGGUUUUAGGGUGUGUGUUAUUUAGAUUAAAAUCAUUUGCAGUUGUAUACUUGUAGGAUUUUAUGGCCUGCAUUGCUGUAGUCAUGAUAACAUGAAGGAAAUGCAGGAAUUAUGGUGCAGAAAAAUUUGGAUACCAUUUUCUGAAUCCAAAAUUGGAGAAUAUCGCUGUGUCUCAGCUAGUAGUCCACUGACUGCUGAAAGUCUCAUACACUACAUGGCAGUAUAUUCUAGUUUGCAUUAAUGAUCCAAGUCCAUGGAUCAAAAUCACUAGGCUAGUCUGGAAAUUUCUUACCAUUUAUGGAAACUGGAAGUUCAUUGCUGUGUUUACGACUGCCUACCACUGGUCCACACCCACACUUUUUACUUGUGAUCCAUUUUGAUAUCAUUCCCUCAUCUACUCUUGGGUCUUGUGAGUGGUCUCUUCACUCUGGACUUUUCAACCAAAAUUUUGUAUGCAUUUCUCAUCUCUAGUUGGCGUUGCACUGUAUAUAUUUUACUAUAGCUGGAAAAAUUACUGUUUGCAACUAAAUUUUUUUUAAAAAAUUAUUUAGCAACUAAAUAGAUUUUAUUGAACUUUUUUUUUUUUUAAUUUUCCCUUUGGCUGUUUAAUGGUGUGAGAGGAUGAGUGUGGAGGAAGAGGACUUGGAGUUUUGGGGUCACCAGAACAUCCUUUGAGUACAGACGUGUCUUUCAAGUGUCACACUGGUUAUAAUAAAUUGAUUCAUAGACUAUCAAUUUUUUCACUGUAUAAAUUGAUAUAGGUAGGGUACUGGUGUUUGAUGAACGUGCUGUUCGUUGUCCAUGAAUCUGAUAAUAUAGAGAAUCACUGCCCUAGAAAUUCUGACAGGUGGCAAGAAACCUCACAAAUUCAAGGGUUAGACCAUUAUACUGUAGUGUCGUUAGUGGAAUUUUCCCUAUCUCUUCAUGUAAAAUUAUCUACUAUGAGGUAACCAUAUAGUAAUAUGUGACAUAUAUCUGAAAAGUAGCGUGUCUGUCUUGGCAGUUGAUAAGAGGAUUGCAGGCAGCGUUCUGACAAUGUUCGCUGUAAGGAGAAAUUAUAUUUUAUAAUAUAAAAAGCACUUUUUUGUUUUACCCACAAUCUGAUAGUUCUAACCUUACAGCCAAAGAGCUGGCAACUUUUGUCGUUCGUUCAGUUGACAACCUCAGCUGAGAAUUUAUUUUUCUACUUUUAUUACAUUAAAUUAUUUUGUUGCAGUAUUUUUACAUUUGAAAUAUUUCUGUCCAGAUUGAAAAUGGACAUUAGUUUGAAAAUGAAAUUGAAAGAAAGAGGUUUGAAAGUGUAACUUAAGAACCCACCUGCCUGGUCUAAAUGUGCUUAAACUGAAGUGUAGUAUUGAAUAAGAAACAAAAAGUAAUGCGUACUUAAAAAGUUGGAAUAAGUUGUGGUUUCAGAAUAGAGUAAUGCUCAAUCUCAGUACUGAUAAUAUGUACAUAAAACUUAAUGGCAUUGGAAAAAUAGUGAAAGCGGAGCUGGGUCCAUGAUAUUCAUUCUUUAAAAACAAAAUGAUCUAAUUUUUGUGUGGCUUUCUUCUUCUCAGGCAAAUUUUUUUAUAUAGUGUUUGACAUACUCGUACAUAGAAAUGUACCGCAGAAUUCAGGCUACAUUUUACAGAAUAGGCAAACUGAGACUGGAGAGAGAUGAUAAGUUUUUGUUUUCCCCUCUUCUCUCCCCUUCUAGGAAUUUUACUCUCAAAAUAAAUUUUUUCCUUGUUUGGUUCACCUAAAUUUUACAUACAGUAAACUUUUGUAUGUGAGAAUUUAGGGUACAUGAAAUACUUACUGAAAUGAACAAUGUAUUCAAUACGUAAUGCAUCCAGAACCAAAAAUUUUCUGUGUUGUAGACAUCCAUGUCAGAGAGGAUUCUUAUGUAGGGAUGGUGUCAUAUCUCGAAGCCGUAAGCAUAAAAUAUUUAACUUGAAUGUACAUGUCUGAAGUAUUUAAAAUUCUUUAAAUCAUGGCAGAUGCCAGCUUAUUACAAACACACUGAAACUUUAAAAAAGGAGAUGACAAAUUAGGUUGAUUUUUAUAUUCCCAUUACAUGUUCAAAUAUUUCUCAACCAAUGAUCUGUAACAAAUGGAAGUAGCAAUAAUGCAUAAAACUGACAGCAGUACAAUGAGUAUCAUGGGACUAUGCCCUCAUUUUGUAUAAAUAUUACAAUUUCAGCAGUAAAUUAAUGGUUAAAGUAACAUGACAGUAUUUAUGUACAAUCAAAGGCUGGUAGAAAUGUUAUUUUGUGUAAUUAUUGUAUGUAUUUUGUUUUCAUAAAUUUGUGUGUGAGUGAAAGUGUGCGCUUCAAUUGAAAAGUACAAUUUUUGAAUAAAGUAUUUUAUGUGUGUAUUUCUACAGAAAAGUUGUGUCAUUGCAUAAAAGACAUGUUCUUAACCUA